AUGCUGAACCCUUCGAACUUCGAACUCUGUUAUAACGGCCUCAAGAAAGAUGGAACGACCCUGCCAAUAAUGGUAAACUCUUCGACACCAGCCUUGAUCCAGCUAACUGUCCGAAAUUUUGAGAAUAUCGAGCCUAUUACUAUCAACAUAACGCAAAAAGAAAUCAAAAAACUUCUCAAAUCAACAGCGACCAAACCUGGAGAUCCAAAAAUCCACCAUAUUCACUAUCCAAUCAAGUAUCCGGGGUUAUAUCGGCUUGAGAAGGUGAUUGACGUAACACAAUUGGUAGUAAGGGUCCGGAAGGCCGAGCUUCUCGUCGCAGCUUGCCCUUCUGCGUCUUUUGCUGGUGCGCAAAGUGCCACACCCUCCUUGGACAGGUGUAAGGGAGAGCUAUCAGACCUUACUCUGGAGGUUGUAGGACUUCCUCCCCUGCAGGUCCGAUACGGCCGCUCCAUAAACAAAGAUGAAAAGGAUGUUACAAUACAGAGCAUCAGUCCAAUCGGGUACAAUUCUCCUCUUCUUCGCUUUCAGGGUGGGAAUUUGGGGCAAAGGUCCCUUUUAGACCAAGACCUAAGAUGGGCAAGUCCUCAGAAAGUUUCGAUACCACUCAAUGAAUCAUUGGCCUCACAAGGCGCGUGGAGUUAUGUGAUCGAAGAAGUAACAGACGGAGUCGGCAACACCAUCAAGUAUGACGUUCGCGGGCCAGGGCCGGAAUCUCUACUCCACAGAAGCUUCGAUGUACACGAACGUCCCCUGGUCAAAUACCUUGGCUGUUCACCCCAACAACCGCUUAUGGUGGCACGUGGACAAAAAGGGGCUCUCCCAAUUGAAAUCAGCAGAGCUGCGGAGUCCGCACCGUAUGAAGUGAGCUACUCGUUUCAGCCGCACAUUGCUCCCAACGGAGAAGCAAGCCCUGAGCAAAAUGCAGAGCUAAGGAGCGCUAUAUUGAAAACCUCCGGCCAGCUCGUAACUGUCUCGGCCCCCGGGCUUUACACUUUAAAAUCGAUAUCGAGCCGCUUCUGUAUGGGUGAAGUCCUAGAGCCUUCAAACUGUCUAUUUUUAACACCACCUGAUCCGGGUUUAUCUAUAUCCUUCGACAAAAUCGUGGACAGGUGUGCGGGGUCUUCAAUCGGACUAACCGUUGACAUGGAUCUUACGGGCACGCCGCCGUUCACUGUUUACUACCGAACAUUGAAGGAUAAACAUGACGUAACCGUCAAUACAAUUCGAGUUACAGGGACUCGACAUCAAUUGCGGCUUACUCCUUCCGCGGCUGGGCACUAUACCUAUGAAUUCUAUUCCAUGAAUGACGAAGUUUAUAAGGAUGUCAAACUAGAUUUCAAAAAGCUUAGUGUUAACCAAAGGAUCAUUCCGAUGGCCGGUGCAAAAUUCUCACCAUCAUCGACUAGCCGACGGUGCUGCAUUGGAGAAGCCGCCACGUUUACUGUUGACAUGCAAGGAUCCGGGCCCUGGAAUCUUGAGUAUGAGCUCAUUCACGGUGGUAAAAGGACGAAGUUCCAAAGCUCCAAUAUUACAACGAGUCCGCAUCUCAUAACGACGCCAAAACUCGUUUCGGGGGGUGAUUAUUCUCUUGUGUUAACUACUAUACAGGAUUCGCAUGGUUGUAAAGUUUUUUUGGGAAGCGAGGCACAGAUCGAUGUUCGACGACAACGCCCCUCCGCAUCGUUCGCGGAGAUAGAUGGAAGUCGCGUGGUAAAUACCUUGGAGGCCGAGAGUGUAUCGCUGCCUCUUCGUCUAGUCGGGGAGAAGCCUUUCCGGAUUAAAUAUCGCUUCACAGAUGAGAGCGGGAGGGAGUCAGAAUAUGACAUCAUCGCCAAGGAUUUCAAUAGCCAUCUCCCGGCAACUAAGCGUGGCCACUAUCAAUUGCUUGCUAUCAAUGAUGCCAUCUGCCCUGGAUCCGUCGUUGAAGCCGCAAGUAUCUUCAAUAUUGACUGGAUUCCGAGACCAUUCGCGCGGGUUGUUCAGAGCACGUCCACCAAGAUGAAAGACGACAUAUACCUUAGAAAUUCUAUCUGCGAAGGGGAUGAAGAUGCCAUAGAAUUAAGUCUUGAUGGACUUCCUCCUUUUGUUGCUUCUUUUGAACAAUAUUGGGCAAGUGAAAAAGGAGAGCCGAAGCCCACCAAGCUAAUUGAUAUCAAAGCUGGAACGAUCCGCUCCAGCAUUCGGAUGGAUACUUCUAAGCCGGGGAAAUAUAAGUACGUGCUCAAGAAUAUCUCUGACCGCUCGUAUGUGCAACCUGCGCCACCAUCAUCGCCCUUGUCUAUAGAACAAACGGUUCACGCACGUCCAUCGGCUAAGUUUCGGGCCCCAGGCAAAGUGCACAAGUAUUGCCUAGAGACCGGGACUGGAGACGACACAAUUCCGGUUAUCCUCGAAGGCGUGGCUCCGUUCUUCCUCUCUAUUGGAGUCAAGCACUAUUCAACGGGGAAAGAGGAGAUUGUCAAUAUCCCAAACAUUGACUCAACGAAUUAUGUAUUUCGUGUUCCUCGUCAUGCCUUGACACUAGGCGGACAUGUUGUCCGAAUACAUAAAAUACGCGACUCUAGGGGAUGCUCACAAAAAUACGGCUCUGACCUCCCUUACGUUAGCGUUUCGGUUGCCGAACCCCCUUCCAUAACAUCAUUAGACUCUAAGCCCUACUAUUGUGUCGGUGACAGGAUUAACUACUCCUUGGCUGGGUCGCCGCCGUUUACCCUAGAAUAUACUUUUUCCGGGAAAAAAGAAAAAAUAACAACAUCCUCAAUAUUCCAAAGAAUUGCGGAACGCCCCGGGACCCUCACCUUCGAUAAGAUUAAGGACUCCGCGAGCGAUUGUCAGGUUGACGUCAACAUAACUAAAGUUGUCCAUGGUAUACCUAGCGUCCGCGUUAGUGAGGGCUCACAAGUUACUGAAGGUAUUCAUGAAGGAGAACAUGUCGAGAUCCAUUUCCAGCUCGAUGGCUCGCCGCCUUUUACGUUCACUUACAUCAGAAGCGAAAUUCCUAAGAAAGGUGCUAAGCCGAAAAUCCUCGAAAUGCACACUCAGACCACCGAGGAAUAUAAGCAUACUAUCAUAGCCUCGUUAGAGGGCACAUACGAGGUGGUGUCGAUACACGAUCGCUACUGUGGGUAUGCUUCUCCAAAAGCCCACGAGCACACGAAGCAACCCGACUACAAAGUUUAG